AUGCUGACUUUGGAUUCAGAUGAAGACGAUGUGUUUUUGUGCACUGAUGAAGAUCCUUAUAAAGGGAUAUCUAAAGAUUAUUUGGACCAUGGUGACCAAGUGCUUACAUGUCAGGUUUGUAGUGCAAAGUUAUGGACAUCAGAAGGUGGAAAAGAUCGUUUAACUAUAAAUAAGAUAUGUUAUAGUAUGUGUUGUGGGUAUGGUAAAGUUCAGCUACCGCCUUUAAAGGAUGCACAUCCAUCUUAUCAAAAUUUGUUUUCUUCCUCAAAUGCAAAAAGCAAGUCCUUCCUGAAGAACAUAAGACGAUACAACUCUAUGUUCUCUUUUACAUCUAUGGAUGGAAAGGUUGAAUCUAAUAUCAACAAGGGCAAUGCUCCAUUUAUAUAUCGUAUCAGUGGCCAAAACUAUCAUUGCAUGGGGAGUCUCAAACCUCCAGAUGGAAAUGAAGCUAAGUUUUGUCAGCUAUACAUACAUGAUACUGAAAAUGAAAUAACAAACAGACAGGCAUUAUUCAGCAAACGAACUAAACCUUCAUCGCCUACUGAUAAAGAACUUGAUGUUGAAAUGAUAGAGUAUUUGAGGGCUUUAUUAGAUUCACAAAAUAUGUUGGUUAAGACAUAUAGGAUGGUCAGAGACCAUUUUCACCAAUCUCCAGAGGCCAACCUUAGUCUGCGACUUAUAUAUAGAAGAGAAAACGAUGGCAGGACAUAUAACUUACCCACCACAUCUGAAGUUGCUGCUUUGGUUGUCGGAGACAUAGAUAAAGCUAUAGACCAUCAUGAUAUUGUUGUCGAGACGCAGUCGGGAAUGCUGCAGCGUAUUAGCGAAUUACACCCAUCGUAUCUUGCUCUGCAAUAUCCGUUACUUUUCCCAUAUGGUGAUGAUGGUUAUAGAGUUGAUAUUCCUCAUAGAGAUUUUAUGUCCACACAAAAGAAAAUAAAACCAAAGUGCACAAUGAGAGAAUUUUUUUCAUAUAGGAUCCAAGAUAGAACUUAUGGAUUUUCCUUAAUUUUAAAUGGGCGAAGGUUGUUACAACAGUUUUUGGUUGAUGCGUACACAAUGAUUGAGAGCGAAAGACUAAAGUACAUCCGUAGGCAACAAGCGAACCUUCGCUCUGAAACAUUUGAGAAUCUUCAAAAGUAUAAAUCUAAAGGUAAGGAAGUUUUAACAGAUACUGGAAAGCCUGUUAUACUUCCUUCUUCAUUUACUGGUGGUGCAAGAUUCAUGCAACAAAAUUACCUCGAUGCAAUGGCCUUAUGUAAGUGGUAUGGGUACCCUGAUUUCUUCAUAACUAUAACGUGUAAUCCUAAGUGGCCUGAAGUAAAAAGAUUUCUAAAAGAUUCAACCAUCAAAGCCGAAGACAGGCCUGACAUAUUGUGUCGAUUGUUUAAAAUGAAGCUUGAUUCCUUACUCAAAGAUUUGAAGGAUUCUAAGUAUUUCGGUGAGACUAACUUUGUUGUUUAUACAGUAGAAUUUCAAAAGCGUGGUCUUCCUCAUGCUCAUAUAUGCGUAUUCAUGAAGGUCGAUCAAAAACUUCCAACUAUAGAUCAGAUAGAUCCAUGUAUUUCUGCUGAGAUUCUCGAUAAAAAAGAAGAUCCUGAACUUUAUUCUCUUGUGACUGAUUAUAUAAUUCAAGGUCCGUGUGGGAAUGCUAAUUUGAAUUGUCCUUGCAUGGUUGAUAAAAGAUGUUCAAAAAACUUUCCGAAGAAAUUCACACCACAUACAACUAUUGAUUCAGGUGGUUUUCCUGUAUACAGAAAAAGAGAUUCAGGUCAUAUAGUUAUAAAAUCUAGUGUUAGAUUAGACAACGGAAAUGUUGUUCCUUAUAACAAAAGGCUUUUGAAAAGAUAUCAAGCACACAUUAAUGUUAAAUGGUGUAAUCAAGCCGGUUCAGUGAAAUAUUUGUUCAAGUACAUUAACAAAGGCCCUGAUAUGGCUACUGCGGUAGUUUCUGAUGAUACAAAUUCAACCAUCAAGGAAAAGCCAAAAGACGAGAGCAAGGAGUAUUAUGAUUGUAGAUAUAUUUCAGCGUGUGAGGCAUCCUGGAGAAUAUUCUCUAAUGAGAAUGUUGUGUAUGGUGCGGAUGACGAUAUUGAUAAUGUUUUAAGCAAGCCUUCUGUUUCUUCUUCAAUAUUUGUGCAAUGGAUGAAGUUGAACGAGACAAAUGAAGAUGCUAGAAAGCUGACUUAUGUUGAGUUUCCUUCCAAAUUUGUUUGGAUACUUAAAGAUAGAUGUUGGCAGGUACGUAAGUCGUACCAGUGUGUUGGCUGGAUUCAUUAUGUAUCUCCUGCAUUGGGCGAACCUUAUUUUUUGAGGAUACUACUCAAUAAAGUUAAAGGGCCUAGAUCAUUCAAGGAGAUACGUACAGUUAACGGUCAAUUAUUCCUGACUUUUAGAGAUGCUUGCUAUGCGAUGGGACUCUUAGAUGAUGACAAUAAAUACGUUGUGGCCAUUAAAGAAGCAAGUUUUGAAGGACAUGUUGGAUAUCUUCGAGGGUUAUUUGCUACCCUACUUUUCUCAAGUUUAGUGCUUCCUGAAUAUCAGAUUAAGAACCUUACUUUGUUGAAAAUUGAAAAAUAUUUAAUUUCCAAUGGUUCAUCAUUACGAAGGUUUGUCACUAUGCCGUACCCUGAUGACAAUUCCUUACGUGAUGCUUCUAAUCGUCUGAUCAAUGAAGAGCUGUCAUAUGACGUAGAUGAAGUACAAGCUGAGUUUAACAGGUUGCAUCAAUCUCUUACAGAUGAACAACGAGUGGUUUUUGACGAAAUAAUGGAAGCAGUUGUAGGCCGUAAAGGAGGCUUUUUUUGUCUAUGGUUACGGUGGAACUGGAAAAACCUUUUUAUGGAAGACUUUAGCCAGCUAUUCAAUGUAGAAAUGGAAUAG